UUUUGGCUUUAGAGUUCAGAUUUGACGUCACUUGGCUCCGCCUCUUCACAAAACAACAAAAACAAAAUGGCGGCAUGGCCCCUGAGCACCUGCUGUUUUUGUGCCUCCUGGUCUCGGUUCUGACCGCCCAGUGAGUCUGCCGGUGCGGCUCCGCUUCUCGUCUCGUCAGUGAGGUUCACCGGAGCAUUAUCGGCCGCUGCAGAGGUUCAACUGCCUCCAGUCUGAAAACCCGCGGUGCAGAGCCGUACUUCUAGAAGAAUUUUCAACGACCAAUCAGAGGCAGCGCUGCCUGAAGAGGAAGUUGCGUAACAUCCUUGCAGGCCAAUCUGCGGCUCUGACUCGGACAGUGGGGGGAAGACCCGCCCUCUGCUAUCGAACCAGAGAACGCCUGGCGAAGAACCGAGCUUCUAAGAACCCGUCCGAGGCUCUCCGGCAGCAGAAACAUGGAUACAGAGCUGUUCAUGGAGUGUGAGGAGGAGGAGCUGGAGCCAUGGCAACAGGUGGACGACAGCGUGGAAGAAGACGAGAUGGACUUUAUGGACAACUACGGCGAGCCAGUGGAGGAUUCGCCGUCUCCUCUUCCUGCCUCUGAGACUCCGCCCCCCAGGGACUCCUCCACCCGUCACCCUGCUCCAACAGCCUCCCCUCCUGUGCAGAUCAUCUCGUCCUCUGUAGCUCCUCGUCUUCCUACGAUCAUCACCAACCUCCACCACCCCCCGCCUUCCUGCUGCCUCCUCACCUGCUGUCUCGGCUUCCGCCCCUCCUGGCUCCACCCCCUCCGUCAUCAUGACGCCCACUGUGACCUUAGCACCGACCUCCAACUCCCGAGGGUGGUGAUGAGCGUUGAGGAGUUCUACUACGGAACCUACAAAGGCGACCUGAGUCUGAGGAAGCCACUCCCACUGGGCAUCAAAGCCUCCACCUUCACCUGCCAGAUCUGCAUGCACCUGGCAGAGAACAACCUGAGGUGUGGAGACGAUGAGAGGAAGUGCUGCAGGUACUGUUACCGACAGUUCUCAUCUCCAGCUCAACUGCAGAGCCACCAGGAGCAGGUGCAUGGCCCCACCUCUCCUCCUGUAAGAACCACACCUGCCUCACACAAACGAGCCGGCUUCUUGAACCACAUGAAGUCAAACCACAAACCGGGUGAGAUGCCGUACGUCUGCCAGGUGUGUUCGUAUCGCUCGUUCUACUCAGAUGUCCUGCAGCACUGUCGGCCAGAUUCCACAGAGAGUCUCGCUUCCUGCUGUGUGUGUUUCUGUCUGAAGGUGACCAGAAACCCAAUCAGCUACCAAGAGCACCUGCUCCGACACCAGAUAAACCAGGCCUUCCACUGCAACCGCUGUCGGCUUCAGUUCAUCUUCCUGAAGGACAAAAUGCAGCAUAAACUGGAGAACCAUCGCCAGUUCCGCCGACCUGCUCGGUUGGAGGGACUGCCGCCAGGGUCAAAGGUCAGGCCCUGCCUCUCCUCCACCUAUUACAGGUGUGACCAUCCGGACAUAUGGGAAGAUCCGGCCGAUGAUGACAUCAGCAGGGAGCCGCCUCCUCCAGAGCCCCGUCUCCAUCAUCUCAGCCAAUCAACAUCAAGACAGAGGUUGCAGAGGUCGCCAAUCCAGAGGAGCAACGUGAUCUCCAAUCACCACGAUCCCCAACCAAGAGACCAAUCAGCCGCAGCCGAGUCCACAGGUCAGGUGAUUCAGACAGUUGGUGUGCUUGGAGUGUGGAACCGAGGCAUCGGACUUCUCAGCCACUACCCGACCCACGUCCACUGCCUGCUGUGUCCUUACAGCAGCUGCUGCUCCAGAGCCUACGCUGCCCACAUGAUCAACCACCACAUUCGACGAUCCAAAGACAAAGUCCUGCCCCUGCACAAACUGCCCCUCCCUGGUGAGACCCAAUUAGCAUUAUUGAUCUGUUCAGUUUUAGUCUAUCUUGUCUGUCGCCUCCCCGAACAGCGAUGCUCUAGACUUCUUACCUGCUCUUCCCUGCCAGCGCUCAUUGAGCUCAUCACCAAGGAGACCAACUCCCAUGCUAAGACCUGCCAGUUCUUGGACGCCAGCUAUUCAGACUGGGUCCCUGUCACCACCCAUGAAGUUAAACGCUUCAUCGGCCUAGUGAUCCUGAUGGGGAUCCAGAACCUGCCCGACCCCUCGCACUACUGGUCUUGGAAUCACUACGACACAGCUGCACCUUUCUACCGUGCCAUGAGCUUCAAGCGCUUCAAGCAGAUCGCCACCAACAUCCGCAUGGGACAGCUUGCCACCAUGUGAAUACUGCGGCACGGGCAACACCUGGCGACUCGCUGCCACAUCUCAAGGCCAAUGCUGAACAUCAUGAUGGAAGCCAUGUGGAGCACCUACCAGCCGAACUGCUGCCUGACCAUUGACCGAGCGCUGCUGCCCAGCCUGGAGAGGAAGAGUUCCACCUGAAGGGAAACCCAAAAGACGCAGCCUCAGGUGUGGGUUGCUCUGUGAAUCCAAGUUGGUUAUUGCACCGCUUUUUUAUCCAGGUGGGGCAGAAGGUGGGACAGAGGUGGCUUCACAGUGGUGCCAGAGCGUGAAGGUCUGGAGGGCAAACACCACCAGCUCUACCUGGGUUCGCUCACAUCAAUCCCGCUCAUGCCAGAAGCUCCUAGGUCAAACAUUUAUGCUUCCAGCUCUUCCCUCCACCUAAUCCAUCCUUCCCCGAGGCUGUGGGAUGAAGGCCAGCUUGAGAAGCCGAGACUUCCUGCAGAGGCAGUGUGGCCCCUGUUGGUCAUCGUUUGGAGGGACACCAAGGAGAUGGGCUGUCUUUCAACGAACGCAGCGCCAGGGACCGACACUGUUUGGAGGCGGUCUCAGACCAAAGUAGGUGGGCUGGACCCAUUGACCGCCCAAUGGCCUUCCGCCUCCUGCAGGAGAAACAUGCGAGGCGUCGACAUCUGCAAGCAGCUGCUGGCCUGUAACCCACUGGAGGAUCCACAGGAUCGACACUGGCGCAGCCUUCUUCUGUUUCUGGUCAACCUGAGCAUCGUCAAUGCUUUCAUCAUGCUGCGGGAGAGCCGCAAGGAAAACCCACCCGCCUGGGUGCAGGACGGUCUUUUCACUCAGGAACUUCGCAAGCGUCUGGCAACCAACUUGUCAAGUGCUCCCAGAAAUACUUUGAAACCAUGGAGAUUGCUAGCAACCGCAGCACAAGGACAGAACGUUGGGUGACCCCAGCAAAGAGAGACACAGAAUGGCGAAGUUAGCAGCAUCUCAAGAGGUGCAAAGAACUGCAACACGAAGAGCGUCCGUCGCGAGAGUGUGUACGGCUGCAUCAUCUGCAAGGCCAACCUGUGCAAGCAGCCAAGCUGUUUCUGGGAAUUUCACGGCCUGUCACCUCUCAACAAAGGACCAACAAAAGUCGGAUUUCUCAAGGAUAGACUAAGCGGUGAAGUUGAGGUGGACGAGGUCGACAGCGUGGACCAGACGAUGGCUCCUGUGGAGGACUUGGACUUGUCUGAUGAUGAGAAACUGGACGAUCUGGACGACAUUGAAGAAAAUGACGCUAUUAAAGAAGAAUUUAUCCAAGAAGAGAGAAGUCUGGAGUCUCACUUGCCAUCGACAACAAACAGCCAUGCCCAACCGGCUGCUAUCUUACCCGGGUCUAAAGAGCGGGAGGAUUUCCUGAGCCGGCAGCUGAGGAUCGCCCUGUUUGCUUUGUGCGAUGGACUCCGUCAGGCCUCAAGGGUGUUUUCCACUGAGACGCAGCAGAUCCGGUCAUGGCUGAAGGAGGCCAGGAAGCGUCUUAAACAAACCGUGCAGGAAGUCCACAGUGAUGGCGAGGACCGCAUGGUGGCAUGGGUACUGUCCAUGCGGGAGCAGCAGCUUCCAAUCACAGAAAGCAACCUCUUCCACAAAGUGUCAAUGCUGAAGAAGAAGGGAGGCUUCGGCGACAACUUUCGCAUUUCGUACGUCUGGGCGGUAAGUUUCCUGCUACAGCGGCGGCUCGGUGUGAGGACCGCUGGCAGGGCUGCGUCUCUGGGUCGCAUCCUGCCUUCAUCUCUGGACGCCAAGGUCUUGUCCUUCAGACAGUUUACACAGAAGGUCUUCCGUGUCCACAGACUCACAGAAAGCUCUGUGGCUUCCAUGGAUGAAUUGUGCCUCUUUGUGGACGUGAGAUUAGCUCAGGACAAGUCCCGAUGCUCAGAGGCGCUGGAGUUCACUGGGUCUUCACCACUGGUCACUGUGUACUUGUCGGCACUGGCUGACGGUACUAUGCUACCAUCUCUGGUGCUGGCUAACCAGCAGGUAGCCUUAAAAACACCGCAAGAGUUCAUUAUGGUGGAGACGAGCCCAGAGGGACUGCUGGUCGAGGAGGCAUUGGAUCUAUGGACGAACAAGGUUUGGCUGCAGAAUCAGUCCGGUCUGGCUCAUAAAUCAAUGCUGGUCCUGGAUCGGCACAGGGAGCACCUGGGAGAUCAGUUCCUCACUGCUGUCAGUGGGUCUGGCACCCUGCCGGCGGUGAUCCCUGGAGGCUGCUCCUUCUGCCUGCAACCGUUGGAGGUCUGUCUGAAGCCGGUGCUGCAGCGCUACCUGCUGGCACGCUGGUCCAAGUUCACCGAAAGAAACCCAAAGGAGCUGGACGAGAUCUUACCUCGCCAACUUCAAGCUAACGUGGCUCAACUGCUGGUCGACUGGGUGACUGAGGCCCUGACACACCUGAAUAAACUUCAGCAACUGUUGAAGAAGUCAUUUGACCUGACAGAACUCCUGCCAAGGUCCAACGACGAUGACAAAAAGACAAAGGAGGAUGAAAUGAGUCAGAAACCAGAGGAGGUUCAGUCAGACCUCCUGAAAGCUCUGACAGAGAUCCUGCUGGGAGGUGAACAGGAAGAUUCACCUGAUCUGCUGGAAAUGGAGGAUGAAGAGGACGAAGAGGAAGGACAGGAGACAACAGAAGAGACGACAGAAGAGGUACAAAAGAACAAAGAUGAUGGUCGGAAGGAGGAGAAAGAGGAGAACCAGACAGACGACAGGCAGAAGAUGGAGGAGGAAAGGAUGGAAACUGAGGAGGAAGGAAGGAGAGAGGACACAGAACAGGAAGUUCAGGAGACAGUGAAGGAUGAGGAAGAUAUGAGGAAGCACAGCGAGGAUAAGGAGGACAAACAAAUAGUAGCAGAGGACAGUGAGGAGGACAAGAAAGAAACAUCAGCAAGGAGAGGCGAGGGACAAGGAUCCGUGAUCGGGAGAAGACUUGGGAACGAAUGGGAGAUAACAGUGCAAGAACCGAAACGAAGGCAUGGAGGAGGGCAGGACAGGAGGGCAGGACGAUGA